UGUAUUUUUCUGACGAUCUAGAAUGAUUAAGGGUUUCCCUCCAGUGACCCCUUAUAUCGGUGUCAGCCCCACAUUUUGUUACUUGUUGAAACAGAAGAAACCCAUCUGUUGCCUUCAGCUUGCACAAGUUUGUGAACACUGUUCUUUUCGUAACGCUAAGGAGUACAACUGGGCUAAUCAGUGUAUUAUCCUAGCAGCAGACUUUGCCAGCAGCGCCAUCUAUAAUUUUAUCGUUCCACUUCGGGCCCAUUUUAGAAGCCCUCAACUUCUUAAACCAAUUAUCCUACUUUUGGAAAAGAAGCCAGACUCAGCUUUUCUCGACGCCAUUUCCUGGUUUCCUUUAGUGUACUGGAUGCAGGGCUGUAUUGACAAUCUGGACGACCUCUUAAGGGCAGGAAUUAACCUGGCGGAUAGUGCUAUAGUGGUCAAUAAAGAAAGCAGUAACUCAGUUGAAGAAGAUCACUUAGCCGACUGUAAUACCAUUGUGGCAGUACAGACUAUGUUCAGGUUGUUUCCCAGCGUAAGGGUUAUUACCGAGUUAAGCCAGUCGAGCAACAUGAGAUUUAUGCAGUUCCGAGCACACGAUACGUAUGCUCUUCAUCUGUCAAGGACAGAAAAGAGAGAAAGAGAAAAGGGAUCUCAUAUCUCCUAUAUGUUUCGCUUGCCAUUUGCUGCUGGGAAUGUGUUUAGUGCCAGUAUGUUGGACACCAUGCUUUAUCAGGCCUUCGUGAAGGACUACAUGAUCACUUUGGUACGUUUACUUUUGGGGAUUGACCAUUCCCCUGGCUCUGGCUUUCUUUCCUGUAUAUGGAUCACAGAAGAAGACCUCUGGAUUCGAACGUAUGGUCGACUUUACCAGAAAUUGUGCUCCACUUCUUGUGAAAUUCCCAUUGGAAUAUACCGUACAGUGAGCUCCAAAUCGUUGGAUUGCAGAUCUGUGGCUCUGGAGUUAGCGGGCGAUGGGGACAUGGCGGCCAUUAACGCGGAAAUUCAACGUCAGGAAAUCUCAAAUAUGGUUCGAACCAGGAUGCAGAAUUUAGGACUACCAACAAAGGAUUAUGAUGAUGUAUCAGAAAAGAGAAACAGUUUAUCGUACGUGAUUAUUAACCCAAAUUGUGAUCAGGAUCUUCAAGAAGGUGACGUAAUAUUUGUGAUUCGACCUAGUCCAAUUUUUAGCAAGAAGAUCUUCAUGAAUUUAGGGGGAACUAUGAAAGCGAGAACACCCUCCCGUCGCAUUCGACGACCGCUAGGAGAACGAAUAUUAGCUAAAGAACCGCAAACAAUUCUUGAGACGCCAUCUGUCGACUCAAGCUCCAGAACUCUUCGACUUAAUAUUCCUGGAAAUAUUGGAGUUGAGAUCACUCCACCAAGCGGAACAGGAACUGUCGUCUGAACCAUAAUUAUUACAGUUUUGUGCUGAACAGUCUAAUUGUUUUUCUUAAUAAAAGAAAAGAAAGUUUGGCUCUUGGUAUUUAUCUAAAGAUUUAAGGUCCUAAUUCUUGUCACUUUAAAUGAUUUAUGAUAAAGGUCAUGUACCGUUUUUCUCUGUGACGACAACUUACAAUAACUUCCUUAUGGUUUGUAACUUGAAACAAAUUCUAUAAUAUAUAGAACACAGCGGAUCUUAAUAUUAUUAAUCCGCCUAUCUUUGUAUGCAGUAAAGAAACUUGCGAAGAGAAUCAGACUUAAAAUAAUUUUGUUAUGUUUAUAUUUAUUAAUUUUGUUCCUAUAUAUAUUGUAUUUAUGAAUUUGGAGUUCUCGUGAUAUUUUAUUUUCUCAAUAAUAAUUUGUUGCUCUUUUGAGAGAAUGUCGGACGUUUGUUUGCAAUCUUUAAAUUAAUCUUAUUACGCCUGAAAAUGAAGUACAAAUAAAACACUAACUUGUGGACUUUUGCCACUAAUCUUUGUUUUCAUUGAUUCUCACCUAUGUAAAAUCUGCACUUUACUUACCAUGGAUUGGGUACGACUUAUCACAAGUCUCUUUCUUGAUGGUCCAGGUUUUCGGGUUGAUCCAUAUUCCUUUGUUUUCAAGUGCCAUUAAAAAGCAACAUGUUACGUGAAGUGAAAGCAGUUCUGGCUGACGCUUGAAUUAGAAUAUUAGUUAGUAAUUAUUUUUUCUUGUAUAUAUAUAUAUAUAUAUAUAUAUAUUUAUGUGUUCACCGAAAAAUAUUUUACUCCAAACUGCAUUAUUUGGUCGUAAAUAAAAAGUAAAUGAGAAAAACACGUAAACACCUUUACGUAAAACCUGUAGCUCUAUAUUAAACCACCGGUAAAUUGAAAUAUUUAUACAAUUAAAACACGUUUAUUACGCUAAUCGGAAACUAAACUAAUCUAAAGUGUAUGUAAUUGUUAAAGCAGUGACGAUAGUAAUAUAAUUUUACUUUAUUAACGAAGUUUUAGAAACGUAGACAAUUAUUGCACGUUUAAUCUUUUUUUUUUUUGUAUGUCACGGGAAGUAAAUUAGUUUAAAUAAAAUCAUGAAAUCAAUCAUUAAAAAUUACACACAUGCUACGUGUCUUUUGAAGCUCAUUUCAAGUUCAAUUGAUAAAAAUAAUGGACUUAAAAUAAAAACAUUUGUGUCUCCGAUAUUUCUAAUGUUUGCCCAUUUUUUUCCAUCUUAUGAUUUUAAGUAGUAAUUAACAAUCAUGUUAUCUUUGUUUCCAACGGUGACGUUCAUAGAUUAUUUGGUCAAAGAAACCUAAGAUAAUGAUUUGUUUUAUAUGGUUCGUUAGGACUAAAUACAGAGUGUGUGUCAGCUUUAGAUACGCGAUCAAUUCAAACUGUUGUUGCUUUUUGUUAGGACUAAAUAAAGAGUGUGCCUGUUCGAUUUAGAUACGCGAUCAAUUCAAACUGUUGUUGCUUUUUGUUAGGACUAAAUACAGUGUGUGUGUGUUCGCUUUAGAUACGCGAUCAAUUCAAACUGUUGUUGAUUUUUGUUAGGACUAAAUACAGUGUGUGCGUGUUCGAUUUAGAUACGCGAUCAGUUCAAACUGUUGUUGCUUUUUGUUAGGACUAAAUACAGUGUGUGCGUGUUCGCUUUAGAUACGCGAUCAAUUCAAACUGUUGUUGCUUUUUGUUAGGACUAAAUACAGAGUGUGUGUCCGCUUUAGAUACGCGAUCAAUUCAAACUGUUGUUGCUUUUUGUAUACGCGUGUAUUUAAUUAUUUUGUUUAAUAAUAACUUAGUUUGUAUAUUAUGAAUAAUUUUAUUCCAUCUAAAUAUUAUGAAGAGAGAUGUUUUGCAUAUUAUAAAACUAAAUACGUCACUCUGUGACGUCACUCUGUAUUAAUAAAGUUUAUUUUUUAUCAUGGACACCUUUUUCUCUAAUAAG